AUGCUAGACUUUAGCCUCAUUGGCCGCACCUUCAAGGUUGGGGCUGACGGGCUGGCCAUAACGUGGUUUAUUAUCUUUACCCCAGAUCCGAGGGCGGCGUACGGCGGCCAGGAGGGGAACGACGAUAACCUGGAAGGGAGCCACGGCCGCACCCAGGGGCGGGAAAUGCCGGGGACCGGAAGACGCAAGAAGGCCACCGCGUUAAGACGCCACCGCGCCCAAAAGUUCUCGAGAGACUGGGCGAGGCUGCAGGAUGCCUUACUGUUAGGGUGGGCUGAUUUCGUCCGGGAGAACAGCGCCUGCGACCAGUUCUGGGCCGGGGUCCAGCUGGCCUUCCACGCGUACGGCUACGGGGGCAACGUCUGCAUUAACAUUAGCGACGACACCCCUAUCCCAGACAUAGAAGAGGUGUAUGAGGAUAAGGAGGGCGGCGGCAACACCAAGGACGAGUACAGCAGCCUCAACGCCGACACGGAAGACAAGGGCAGCGUCACCGGCGCCUCCCCACGCCGUAGCAGCCCGGCUGACGUGGGAGGGCCGAGGCGCUCCCGUGGGGCCCCACGCGCUAAGUCUGCGGAGAGGGGGGCGCGGCUGAUGGAGUUCGCGGGGCGGGCCCCCGGUAUACAACAGCUGAGCUCUACCAUCGAGGCCGUAUUCUGCCUCGACGCCAUGCAUAGCGUCGCCUACGCUCUCGCCGCGGAUAUCAACUGCCUCAGCGACGGCCGGCCGGUCUGCCUGCUCGCAGACUUUUAG